UAAUAAUUUCUGUGAUAUAGAGAUGGUAAUACUUAACGCACGAACACGUGUCUCGUGACGUGGAGUGUUGCCUUGGCACUCUCUCUCUCUCCUCUCUCUACAAGCUGCAAAAAGCCCACACUUCUUCCCUCCCCUCCCCCUCCCUCGCUUUAGAGAGAGAAAGUUUAGAGAGAGAAAAUGCAGUUCUGAAAUUUCUUCUUACUCAGAGAAAGGGAGAGAGAGGAGAUGAGAACUGAGAAUUGGGAAUAAUAAACCGAUCAAAACUGGAAAAAUAGGGGAAAAUUUUUCAUAUGAUUGAAAGCAUUGUGUUCAUAUAGUGGAAUUUGCUUUCUGGUAGACUGGUGAGUAUUGUUUCUAGUGUUUGGCCAUGGGCAACUGUGAAGAGACAAAGGCUUGUAAGCCAGAAAAACCAUCUUCACCACCCGAGCAUCAGCAGACGAGUGUUCAUGCAUAUCCCGAUUGGGCAGCUAUGCAGGCUUAUUAUGGGCAUAGCAUGGCUGUACCACCGUACUUCAACUCGGGACAUCCUCCUCCGCCUUAUAUGUGGGCCCCACCACAGCAUAUGAUGCCACCUUAUGCUGCAAUGUAUCCACAUUAUCCACAUCCUGGAGUUCCUCUUGCAAGUCCAAUGAGCAUUGAUUCUCCUGCCAAGUCAUCAGGGAACUCUGAGCGUGGCUUGAUGAAGAAGUUAAAAGGAUUUGAUGGGCUGGCAAUGUCGAUAGGCAAUGGGAUUUCUCACAGUGGGGAAACCCAAGCUUCUAGUGAAGGAAGUGAUGGCAACACCGCUAGUAGGAAAAGGAGCCGUGAAGUGUCUCCAGCAGCAGCUGAAGCUGGAAAGAUAAGCGUUACCUUGAUGACAUCAGCAACUGUUGCCAUGAUGCCCAACCAAGCUCAACAGCAGAAUGAGCGAGAACUGAAAAGGGAAAGGAGAAAGCAGUCUAAUCGCGAAUCUGCCAGGAGAUCUAGAUUAAGGAAACAGGCUGAAGCUGAAGAAUUGGCGAUAAAAGUUGAUGCACUGACUAGUGAAAAUCUGACCCUUAAGUCCGAGAUUAACCGACUCACUGACAACUCAGAGAAACUCAAGCUUCAAAACGCCAAACUAACCGAAAAACUCAAGAACGUGCAAGAAGAAAAUGACACAGAAGAUACGAGUGUGUCCCUGAGCACGGCUAACCUCCUGUCUAGGGUCGACAGUUGUACUUCUGAGGAAGGUGGAAGUGGAAAUGAUGUUGAAGAAGAAGAAAUGGUGUACAAAAGUAGUAACAACAAUAACCAAAACUCUAAUGCUACUGCAAAGCUGCGUCAACUCCUGGAUGCUAGCCCACGGGCUGAUGCUGUUGCUGCUGGCUGAAUACUAUCAUUAAUCAAAUAACCAAAUAUAUAUAUAUAUAUAUAUAUAUCCUACUGUUUGCUUAAAAAAAAA